UCGAGCUGCAGGAGGAAGGGGAUUGCACCCAUCUCUUGCUGACAAAAAAGGAGAACUCUUCGCAGAUAACGUGAAUAUUCAAAGGAUCAGACACAUCUUUGUGUGGUCUACGACGCUAUCGGACUCUUUUCUGGAACCUAUCCUGGUUGUUGAAAGUAGUUUGGCGUGUGUUCUGCUAGCUUAGCUGAACUAAACAACGAUAAAGCGAGUUGACUGCGCAGAAUUCAUAUCUACCUUCACUGACUAGCUUGUGUGCUAGCUAAGAGAAUAGUUCCAGGGUUUCGAUCGUAUUUUCCUACUUUCAUAUCCAUUUGGAUAGUCUGGAUACGUUAAAACAUUGACAAAUGUUAGAACCGGUUAUUCAGACUUUUGCCUCCUUUACUGGUAGCAUUCGAGGGGCCUACACUGGUCACCUCUGCUUCUAUUUAACAUUAGCUUAGCCAGCUAUGAAAGUAUUUGGUGUUUUGGAAUAUUGCUUCAGUUGUAACGUUCGUAUCAGAGGUUUUUGGCAAUGCUAAUAUUUCAUUCCUAGUCUCCGGAGUCGGAGUGAGGAUAUGGGGAAGGAUUGCUGGACUGACUGCUCAACAGUCUCUCCAGCCAAUAUUUCAAAUUGGGAGAGCUCAGAAUCUCCCUCCGGCGUUUCUGCUUCUAUUUUGGGGUGUGCUGUUUGGAAACACUACAUGGGCACAUUUCAUAGCUAGCUAACGUUAUCGUUUGCUAGUUUUAUCGAGUAAUGUCAAAACAAGCUACAUGUCCGCAACACUACAGUGCAGAACGAAUUAAUAUUAGUUAACGUUAUAACCUGAAAUCAUAUCUAACGUUCGGCUAUCCCUUCAGUGACAGACGUCCUGAACCUAUUGUGAGUGAUAUCCAGCUGGCUAUGGUAGCUUGUCAGCUAGCGUGCUAGCAAGGUUAACCAAAAUACAAUAAGUCAGCUAACAUAUCCUUUGCUUGCUUCAUUGCUGCACUUUCAAGUAUCCAGAGGUGACUUGAUUUAUGUGGUAAGCGAACCACAAAAGCCGACGUGUAUACGUAUCAAACGAUUGUUUAAACAGGAUACAGACAUUAGGAGCGCAACUGCGAAUAUCAUUUGAAAGAUGAACUAUCAGCAGCACCUUGCAAACUCCGCCGCUAUCCGGUCGGAAAUCCAGCGGUUCGAGUCGGUCCAUCCAAACAUCUAUUCAAUUUAUGAACUCUUGGAAAGGGUGGAGGAGCCUCUGCUUCAGAACCAGAUUCGUGAACACGUUAUCGCCAUUGAAGAUGCGUUUGUGAACAGCCAGGAAUGGACCCUGAGCCGGUCUGUCCCGGAACUCAAAGUGGGCAUCGUGGGUAAUCUGGCCAGUGGGAAGUCUGCGCUCGUGCACCGGUACCUGACGGGGACGUACGUACAGGAGGAGUCGCCAGAAGCUGACGUGGACGCAGGUGGCCGAUUUAAGAAGGAGAUCGUGGUGGACGGCCAAAGCUACUUACUCCUUAUCAGAGAUGAAGGAGGCCCCCCUGAGGCACAGUUUGCUCUGUGGGUGGAUGCAGUGAUCUUCGUCUUCAGUCUGGAGGACGAGAUCAGCUUCCAGACGGUGUACCACUACUACAGCCGCAUGGCAAACUACCGCAACACCGCCGAGGUGCCGCUGGUCCUGGUCGGCACGCAAGACGCCAUCAGCUCGGCCAACCCCCGCGUGAUCGAGGACACGCGCGCCCGGAAGCUCUCCAACGACCUGAAGCGAUGCACCUACUACGAGACCUGCGCCACCUACGGCCUGAACGUGGAGCGCGUCUUCCAGGACGUGGCUCAGAAGGUCGUGGCAACACGCAAGAAACAGCAGCUGUCCAUCGGGCCCUGCAAGUCCCUCCCCAACUCCCCCAGCCACUCCUCCGUCUGCUCACAGCCCGUGUCUGCCGUGCACAUCAACCAGACGAGUAACGGCGGCGGCAGUCUGAGCGACUACUCGUCGUCCGUGCCCUCCACCCCCAGCACCAGCCAGAAGGAGCUGCGCAUCGACGUGCCCACGAGCGCCAACACACCCACGCCCGUCCGCAAGCAGUCCAAACGCCGCUCCAACCUCUUCACCUCUCGGAAGGGGAGUGAGCCGGAUAAGGAGAAGAAAGGCCUUGAGAACCGGGCGGACAGCAUCGGGAGCGGACGCGCGAUCCCAAUUAAACAGGGCAUGCUGAUGAAGAGGAGUGGCAAGUCUCUGAAUAAGGAGUGGAAGAAGAAGUAUGUGACGCUGUGUGAUAACGGCGUGCUCACCUACCACCCCAGCCUGCAUGACUACAUGCAGAACGUGCACGGCAAGGAGAUCGACCUGCUGCGGACCACUGUGAAGGUUCCGGGCAAGAGGCCCCCCCGAGCCGUGUCCACCUGUGCGGCCGUGCCCAGCCCCAAGACCAACGGCCUGACCAAAGACCUGAGCAACAUGCAGCUCGGCCCCGGCCAAGGCUCGGUGAGCAGCAGCUCGUCGGCGUCUCAGAUGGCCAGCGGCAUCAGUCUGGUGUCCUUUAACAGCCGGCCGGACGGCAUGCACCAGCGCUCGUACUCCGUCUCCAGCGCUGACCAGUGGAGCGAGGCCACGGUCAUCGCCAACUCCGGCAUCAGCACAGACACAGGCCUGGGCGACUCGGUGUGUUCCAGCCCCAGCAUCUCCAGCAGCACCAGCCCCAAGAUGGACCCCCCGCCCUCGCCGCACGCCAACCGCAAGAAGCACCGCCGGAAGAAGAGCACCAGCAACUUCAAGGCCGACGGCCUCUCUGGUACUGCUGAAGAGCAAGAAGAGAACUUUGAGUUCAUCAUCGUGUCUCUGACGGGGCAGACGUGGCACUUCGAGGCGACCUCUUAUGAAGAAAGGGACGCCUGGGUGCAGGCCGUGGAGAGCCAGAUCCUGGCCAGCCUGCAGUCCUGCGAGAGCAGCAAGAACAAGUCGCGGCUCACCAGCCAGAGCGAAGCCAUCGCGCUGCAGUCCGUCAGGAACCUGAGAGGAAACUCCCGCUGCGUGGACUGUGAAGCACAAAACCCUGACUGGGCUAGUCUGAACCUGGGUGCGCUGAUCUGUAUCGAGUGUUCGGGGAUCCACCGUAACCUGGGCACUCACCUGUCGCGCGUGCGCUCGCUGGACCUGGACGAGUGGCCUCUGGAGCUGAUCAAGGUCAUGUCCUCCAUCGGCAACGAGCUGGCCAACACCGUGUGGGAGGGCAACGCCCAGGGCCGCCUCAAACCCGCUCCUGAUGCCAGCAGGGAGGAGCGCGAGCGCUGGAUCCGGGCGAAGUACGAGCAGAAGCUGUUUGUGGCGUCGCUGGCGUGCGCGGACGUGUCGCUGGGUCAGCAGCUGCUGCGCUGCACGGCGGACGAGGACUUGCGGUCAGUAGUGCUCUUGCUGGCCCACGGCAACCGCGAGCAGGUCAACGAGACCUGCGGGGACGGAGACGGACGCACCGCCCUGCACCUGGCCUGCCGCAAGGGCAACGUGGUCAUCACACAGCUGCUCAUAUGGUACGGGGUGGACCUGAUGGCGCGUGACGCGCACGGUAACUCAGCGCUGGCGUACGCGCGGCAGGCGAGCAGUCAGGAGUGUGUGGACGUGCUGCUGCAGUACGGCUGCCCUGACGAGCGCUACCCACUCAUGGCCACCCCCAACCUGUCCCGCCGCAACAACAACCGCAACAACAGCUGCAGCAGCACGGGCAGCGCCGCCCUCAUCUGACCCCCCCAUAACC